AUGGGCUCAGAUGCCCGCACGGCGUGCCCCGACGCCUCGGGGCAGGGGACGGCCGACGACGAUUCAGACGCGAGCGAUUACUCUUCUGUCUCCACCAUCGACGACCUCCCCCCGAUCCGAGCAUACGGACACACCUACCACGGCAGCGGCACCAUCCUGACGCCUAACGAUGAGUCUGAGCGUGCCCGCCUCGAGAUCCAGCACAGCCUCUUCCAGCUCUGUCUCGACGGCGCACUCACUUCUGCGCGCCUGCCGGUGCCAACAGGCCGCCCACUGUCCAUCCUCGACAUUGGUGCUGGCACAGGGGCUUGGGCGAUAGCCAUGGCAGCGCAGCACCCAACGGCGUCAAUCCGUGGAGUUGACGUCUCAGCAGCACUACUGCCGACCGCGGUUCCACCGAAUGUGGUCUUUGAAGUGAGCGACGUCAACGAGCCGUGGGCCGCUCAGCCGCUGAGUCUAGACUUUGUCCACGUACGUAAUCUGGUCGGCGGCGGUGUGCGCGACUUCAAGGCUCUCUACGCCCAGGCUUUCCAGCACCUCCGGCCGGGUGGCCAGAUUGAGGUGGCAGAAGUGCGAUCACGCUGGUUCGACUUUGAGGACGACGGGCCAAGCGCGUCUCAAGAGGCAGAAAGUGAGCUGACCAUGGAGGGCGCGGUCAUGCCGGCGUCGCGAGAGUUCGAGAUGGGCGUAGUGGAGUACUCGGAGCAGCUGGGCAUCGAUUUCGAUCCGAUCCCCAAAGUCAGUGGUUGGUUGGAAGAUGUGGGUUUUGAGAAGGUCAUGGAGAAGUCAGACUUGGUGCCGAUUCGGGCGUCUGGGGUGGAUGAGCGGAUGAAAAGGAAAGGAGCACAACUGGCACAGCUCAUUGACUAUGGACUCGAGUGCUAUGCACUCGCCUUGUUCGGAAGGUGUGGGCGGUCGGAGAGUGAUACCCGGGACUUGAUGCAGAGAAUCCGGCGUGAGCAAGCUGGUCUGGGCGUUCGGUGUUUUGGAAAGGUCACCUUCGUGACGGCACGCAAGCCGAUGGAUUGA